AUGGCAGAAAUUGACUUGAAUUAGCCAUUUCAUGCAUAUCCCCUUGAAAAGGUCGUUGGUGCUGUCCAAACAAAUCUCUAGAAGGGUUUGACGAAAGUUGAGGCUGAAGCAAGAUUAACAAAAUAUGGUCCAAAUGAAUUAGAGAAGGAGGAGAAGGAGAGUAUUUGGGAGAAGAUCAAGGAGCAAUUCGAAGACAAUUUGGUUAGAAUAUUGCUAUUGGCUGCUGUGAUCUCUUUUGUGAUUUCAUAAUUCGAAGAUCAUGAAGAUUCACAUGCAGUGCCUCCAUGGGUUGAGCCAUGUGUCAUAUUUACAAUUUUGAUCUUAAAUGCAGCAGUAGGUAUAUGGUAGGAUUUAGAUGCUGAAAGAGCAAUUGAAGCAUUGAAAGAUUUACAAUCUCCUCAUGCCAUGGUAUUAAGAGAUGGAGAGUGGACUUAAAUUGAAGCUAAAGAUUUAGUGAUUGGAGAUAUAGUUGAGAUUAAACAAGGUGACAGAAUUCCAGCCGAUCUCAGAAUGGUUGAAUUAAAAACAAUCACCUUGAAAACAGAUUAAUCAAUUCUAACAGGAGAAGUAAACCCAGUGAACAAGGUUACUGAUUCAGUUUAAAAAGAUAAGGCUGCUGUUUAAGACAAGAUCAAUUUCUUAUUCUCAGGAACAUUAGUGUCAAAUGGAACAGCCAUAGGUGUUGUGUGUAACACUGGAAUGAGAACAGAAAUCGGAAAGAUUUAGAAGGAAGUCUAAGAUGCUGCAAAGGAGAAAUCAGAAGAUGAUGAUCCAUUAUCAAAAAGAUUAGAUGAAUUCGGAGACAAAUUAGCUAAAUAUGUCACAUACAUUUGUAUCAUCUGUUGGGUUAUGAACAUUGGUAACUUCUCUGAUCCUGCCUACGGAGGAACUAUUAUGGGAGCAUUGUAUUAUUUCAAGGUGGCUGUUGCAUUGGCAGUUGCUGCUAUCCCAGAAGGAUUACCAGCUGUCAUCACUACUUGUUUGGCUUUGGGAGCUAGAAGAAUGGCCAAAUAAAAAGCCAUCGUUCGUAAAUUACCAAAGGUCUAGACAUUGGGAUGCACAACCAUCAUUUGUUCAGAUAAAACUGGUACUUUGACAACCAAUGAAAUGUGUGUCAAGGAAUUAGUUCUUUUAACAGGCUAAGAGGCAUCUUCAUUACAAGUCUUCCCAGUUGAAGGAACAUCUUAUCAUCCUGAAGGUAAGAUUGAUGGAUUGGAAUCUAAAUUGCUCAAAGGAAAUGAUUUAUCUGGAAAUUUAAAGAGAUUAUGCUAAUCUAUGGCAUUAUGCAAUGAAUCCAAAUUAUAUAUGGAUAAAGGAAGAGUCUAAAGAAGUGGAUUGCCAACUGAAGCUGCAUUGAAAGUGUUAGUUGAAAAGAUUGGAAAAUAUGAUAAAUCUUUUAAUGGAAGACCAAUCUUAGAUGCUCCAUAAUAAUAUAAUGAUAAGAUUGUUAAUGAAUUCGCAAAGAGAGCUACCUUAGAAUUCACAAGAGACAGAAAGAGCAUGUCUGUUUUGGCUAGUUCAUAAAAUGAAAAAGGAAAUGUCUUGUUCAUCAAAGGAGCACCAGAUUAUUUGUUAGAGAAAUCUACCAUGAUUCUAAACUCAGACGGAGUAGCUGUUCCAUUGAAAGCUUAAGACAAGAAUUAACUCUUAACAAUAGUCAAGAAUCUAGCAGAAAAGGGAUUAAGAACAUUGGCCAUCUGUGUAUAAGAAGAAUGUGGUUAAUUGAGUGAUUAUGAUGGACCUAAACAUCCAGCACAUAAUUUAUUGGUUGAUACAAACAACUACAAGGAUUUGGAAAGCAAGCCAAUUAUUAUUGGUGUUGUUGCCUUAUAAGAUCCACCAAGACCAGAAGUCAAGAGAUCCAUUGAAAAAUGCAGAGAAGCUGGUAUUUCAGUCAUCAUGAUUACUGGUGAUAUCAAAGAAACAGCAUAAUCUAUUGCUAUGUAAAUUGGUAUCCUCCACAAUUAAUCCCAAUUCCCAACUCAUUCAUUUACAGGAAUGGAAUUUUCAACUAUGGGAGAAGAAAAACAAAAGAAGGUGCUUGAAUAAGUCAUUGGAAGACCAAGUGGAUUAGUUUUCUCAAGAACAGAUCCAUCACACAAAAGAGAAUUAGUCAAAUUAUUAACUGGUUAAUUGAAUCAAAUUGCUGCUAUGACUGGUGAUGGUGUCAAUGAUGCACCUGCCUUAAAAUAAGCUAGUAUUGGUAUUGCUAUGGGUAUCUCUGGUACUGAAGUCGCUAAAGAAGCAUCAGAUAUGAUUUUGGCAGAUGAUAACUUUGCCACCAUCGUAAGAGCUGUUGAAGAAGGAAGAGCUAUCUAUCAAAAUAUGAAAGGAUUUAUUAGAUACAUGAUUUCAUCAAACAUCGGAGAAGUUGUCUCUAUUUUCACAUCUUCAGCCUUAGGUAUUCCUGAUGGAUUCAAUUCAAUCUAAUUAUUAUGGGUCAAUUUAGUCACUGAUGGACUCCCUGCUACUGCUUUGUCAUUCAACCCACCUGAUCCUGAUGUCAUGUAAAAACCACCAAGAAAACACGAUGAACCAAUUAUCACUGAAUACGUAUUUGUUAGAUACUGUGUUGUUGGAACUUAUGUUGGUUUGGCUACAGUCUUCGUUUUCAUAUACUAUUAUUUGGGAUAUGAAUGGGCUGGAGAUGGACAUCCAGUUGUCACAUUCCAUCAAUUGAGAAAUUGGGCUGAAUGCCAUCAUUGGGAAGGAUUCAAGGUUGCCAACUUUGACAAAUAUGAUUUCUCUAAGGAUCCCUGCUUGUAUUUCUCUUGGGGUAAGUAAAAGGCAUCAACUCUAAGUCUUUCUGUCCUUGUUGUUAUAGAAAUGUUCAAUGCCUUGAAUGCCUUAUCUGAAGAUGGAUCAUUGUUGAAAGUAGGAGUUUUUGCCAACCCAUAUUUGAUAUUGGCUAUAUUUGGAUCAAUGACUCUCCAUUGCAUGAUCUGCUAUGUUCCAUUAUUUGAGAACAUCUUUAACACUGUGCCAUUAUCCCUUUAAGAUUGGAUUUUAAUCAUUGGAGUUUCUGCACCUGUUGUUUUAGUUGAUGAGGUCCUUAAAUUCUUCUCUAGAAUUAGAAAUGCCAAGUUGUUGGAGGAGAGAAAGAAAAUCUAAUGAGAAAUCAUAUUAAAAAUACAAAAUAAUUUAACAUUAAA